AUGGGCUUCACCACUGGUUUUACCGGCGGCGUCACUCUCACCCUCUCCCUCGCCUACCUCUCUGUGCUUGCUCACCAGCGCACCCGUGAGCAACAAGGCUCUGCCCUUCGCGCACAAGCUCUCGCCAUCCAAGGGUUGAUCGAUCCUCUUCCCCCACUGCCUCCGCCCACACGGUCUGAAGUCGCCGCUGCUCAGAGGGCUCAAACCGUUGAGAUUGCCAAGGAUCGAUGGAACACCGAAGUUGAAAACGCCGUGCGAUGGGUGCAGCACACUGACUGGGUUCAAGUGCGCGAAGGCCUCGAAGAUACUGCCUCACGGCUAUGGGCCCGAGCCUUUGGUGUUAGCCCCUCGGAAGCUGUUGGCGAGGCCGGAAGAAAGGUUGCGGAGACUGAGCAACAAGCCAAGCCCAUCGUAAAACAGGGGGCUGCCAAGCUUGGUGAUGCUAGUGGAAAGGUAGCGGCAGCGGCCAAAAGCGCUUUCCAGAAGGCCAAGGCCGAGAGCCAGGAUUUUGCCAGUGUUGUUCUGGAUCACAGCAAGGAUAAGGAGAAUGUCGAUAUUGCUCAGGAGGACGGUACUCUUUCAGCAUUGACUCCCGUGGAGAGGGCCCUUCAGCAACGAUUCAGCAAACCCGAGGACAAGGUGAACAAGACAGUUGAAGAGGCGUUGAAUGACAGAUACAAACUUAUGGACGAAGGGACAAUGGCUGGCGAUGACUCCAAAGGAGGGACAAGCAACGGCAAAAGCCACUACAGUAAACGCCAGCAUAGCAGCAGUCAUGCCGAGGGCCACCACCGCAAAAGUCAUCAUGAUAAGAGCAGUAGGCCGGAUACAGGCACCGUGGCUACCGAGGACUUAUACGGCAUGGAGUCGGGGGCAAUGAAAAAGAAGAAGCGCCGCCGUCGUCGUCCCAAGCCUAAUCCGAGACUCCCAACUGACUUCCUUGCCCUUCUGUGCUGGGAUUCUUGGCUCCCGUGGCCAAUUGAUUCCAAGAAAACCCAUGUGGACAAUACAUCGCGCAAGCAUAAGAGGUCUAGGAAGAGAACAUCUCACCCGGGCACCUCACAUCGUGUGCAAUCUUGGGUUCAGGAGGUGUCUUCUCAAGUGACGCCCUCCGAGCCUCCGAUACCAUCAACUGUGCCAUCUCUAGCACCAUCAACUCCCCCUUCACAUCCAGUUUCGCCAUCCCCCGGGCCUCAGCAGGGAGCAAAAGCCGAAGAAGCUGAAGAGGCUGCUUCGAAUAACGGGCGGACCAAAGAAUAA